ACCCUUGGAUUUGUCCGUUUUUAUGUGCUCCAUGCGCUAUGGGGCUUUAGUACGUCCACCUCAGAAACGCGUUGUCGCUGUCUCGGUGUCGUUGUCUCAUUGUCGGUGGUCGGCGGUCGGUGUUUGUGUUAGCGUGUUGUGUUUUUGCCGUUUGCUGUUUGUGUUUGGGCUGCCGCCAAAGGGUCGGACCGCGGGAGGGGGAAGUAAGACAGCGCUGGACAUGCUCCAAUAUAAUUGGCAAUAAUGUGAACUGUCAGCCGAAAAUCUCAAUAUCAAUACCAAUUUGAAUCUGUUCAUGUUCAUUUGCAGACUUGGCUGCGCUGCCAACUAACGGACUAACGAGUAUAGAAAUUUGUGAACUUGUUUUCGUUGUUGUGUCGCUGCUAACGUCGUCGCUGUCGCUGCCGCAGUCGCAAAAGGCGACUUGCAAUGAGAGAGGAGAUGCGCGCAUUGCGGCGUCUGUAGAUGCCAAUGUCAGUAGUCAGUGCCAGUUUGAAACUCGUAGCCAGCAGCAUCACUGCAUGCGCCGCUAGCAUGUGCAGCAGCAAGAGCAACAAGAGCAACAACGAACUUUGACUGCGUGCGCAAGAUGAGCGUGUGCCAGGAGUCAACGGAGGUCACGGAUAGCGAGUGCGUGUCGGAGCAGAGUGAGCCGGCAGCAGCAGCAGUAAAGUCUGAUGCCGGCAUUGCCGAAAAGCAGCCUCAAGCCAAAGAGCAGUCAGAAGUCAAUGGAGCCAAAGAGCUGGAAAGGAAACGUGAGCGUGAGCGUGAGCGUGAGCGUGAACGUGAACGUGAGCAUGAAGCGGAGUCCGCCUUGCUGGUCAGCACGCGCAAUGUGCUGGACGCAGUGGCAGCACCCUCCAUAGAUGCGUUGGUUGCCUGCAAAGAUGUGCUGCUGGCGCAAAAGCUUUUCGCCAGCGGCAGCAGUGGACCCAAGGAGCUGCUCAAGCUGAAGGAGCCGAUGCGUGUGGGCUUCUAUGACAUUGAGCGCACCAUAGGCAAGGGUAACUUUGCAGUGGUCAAGCUGGCGCGGCAUCGCAUUACCAAGAACGAGGUGGCCAUUAAGAUUAUAGACAAAUCGCAGCUGGACGAAACCAAUCUGCAGAAGGUCUAUCGCGAGGUGGAGAUCAUGAAGAAGCUCAAGCAUCCGCAUAUUAUCAAACUGUACCAGGUAAUGGAAACCAAGAACAUGAUCUAUAUAGUAUCGGAGUAUGCCAGCCAGGGCGAGAUUUUCGAUUAUAUAGCCAAGUAUGGCCGCAUGAUGGAGUCGGCGGCACGUUUCAAGUUCUGGCAAAUUAUCUCAGCUGUGGAGUACUGCCAUAAAAAGUGCAUUGUGCAUCGUGAUCUCAAGGCGGAAAAUCUGCUGCUCGACUUCAAUAUGAAUAUUAAAAUUGCCGACUUUGGUUUCUCCAAUCAUUUCAAGCCGGGCGAACUGCUGGCCACCUGGUGCGGCUCGCCGCCCUAUGCGGCGCCAGAAGUCUUCGAGGGCAAGCAGUACACGGGACCAGAGAUAGACAUAUGGUCUCUUGGCGUUGUACUCUAUGUGCUCGUGUGUGGUGCUCUGCCCUUUGAUGGCUCCACGCUGCAGAGUCUGCGGGAUCGGGUGCUCUCUGGUCGCUUUCGCAUUCCCUUCUUCCUGAGCUCGGAGUGUGAGCAUCUUAUACGGCGCAUGCUGGUGCUGGAGCCGACGCGUCGCUAUACCAUUGAGCAAAUUAAGCGGCAUCGCUGGAUGUGCCCGGAGCGCUUGGAGCAUACGCUCAUAGCCAAAUAUAAUCUCAAUAUGGAGCGGCAGGCGGUGCUGGAGCCCAGUGAGGAUAUUCUACGCAUUAUGUCUGAAUAUGUGGGCAUUUCGCCGGAUAAGACACGUGCCAGCUUAAAGAAGCACACCUAUGACCAUGUGGCUGCCAUAUAUUUGCUGCUGCAGGAUCGUGUGACACACAAAAAGGAGCAGAGCAAACCAAGUGGUGAAGCCGCUGAUCUCACUCGACCGCUCUACAAGCGAAAAUCGCAGGCGCAGCUGGCAUUGGAGCAGCUGCCCACGCAGCAGCUGUUGCAGCUACAACAGAUGCAUCAACAACAGCAACAGCAACAGCAGCAGCAACAACAAACCAAGACAAUAUCCACCUCGAUUCUGGCCAAGGAAUCGACACACAAAAGACUUAGCCGCCAUCAGACAGUUUUGAUGAGUGAGCGCAACACUGCCGAUCCCUAUUAUGCGAUCAAGCAGCAGGCCAUGCCAACGCAUCCACAUCCACAUACUCCUAGUCAUGCCCAUGUCCCUAGUCACGCCCACAGCCACGUCCAUGCGCAAGCCCAUGCGCGUUAUUUAAAUGGCGACGCCGGCGGCGGCGGCAUUCAGGCGCCCACGCUGCCCACACGCUAUACACCCUUGGCGGCAGCCAGCAGCUGCUCCUCCGGCUCCUCGCGCUUGAGUCAACACAGCCUCGGCUCCUGCUCUUCGCGCCGUCCGGUUGCCAUCUCGCUGAGCAUUGACAGCAACAGCAGCUGUCCCAUAACGCAAAUGCGCUGCCGCGAGCUGCUGCUCAAUGCCAGCAGUCAGCAGCUGGAGCAGCUGCCUCCACCGACGCCCACGUCCACACCCACGCCCACGCCCACGCCGGUUAAAGCUUCCUCUGUUGGCAAGCAGCAGCAGCUGCAGCACACGAUUAGCGAGUACAUCAUCAAGCAGAGCAAUGAGGACUGCCGCCAGCUGCUGCAGCAAUCCACAGCCAUUGCAGAGACCAAGGAGGAGGACAACAUGCCACACACACAGCCGCAGGAGGAGGAGGAGCAGCAGCCCGUCGAGCUUAAUAAUAAGACACAGACAAUAAAACCCAUGUCCAACUCGAGCAGCUUUGACUCGAGCGCCAAUCUCAAUCAAAGCUUCCGCUACAAAAUGUCAGCCGAGGCGAACCGACUGUUCCAAACGCUGCAGGAGAGUCCGCUGCCGCUGGAGAAAUCCAGACGCAAGGCAAGCGACGCUGGCAAAGCAGCGUCCGUUACCAAUGGCGAUGGACGCGAUCGAAAGUGUGGGGAGAAGAAGGUGCUCGCCCAAGGCAGCUCCAGCACGGAUGAGGGCUGCGAAACGGAUCAGGGCAACGACCAGGCCACCAAGGAGGGCUCACAGUCUUCCACAGACUUGACCAGCGCACAGACCACACGCAUGCGUUCAUAUGCCAGCAGCAGCAGUUCCAGUGGCGUAUUGGCCGGCAGUUACUCCAAGAGCUUGAGUCAGAAUUUGAGUCGCGGCUCUUCCAAGAGCAACUGCAGCGCCUAUGAGAGUUUGGACUUUGUGCUGCCGCCGGUGCCGGACAUGGCGGGCAGUCUGCCCAGCUGCAUGAGCAACUCUAUGCUGGCUGCAGCGGCGGCGGCGGCGGCGGCCGCUGGCACAGCAGCCAACUCCAGCGAGCAUUCCUCGGAGCGUUCGCUCUAUAGUAGUCACAACUCUUGCAUCCACAUGCCCAGCGCCUUGAGUCUGCUGACGUCAGCUACACCAGCUUCAGCUUCAGCAGCAGGUCCAACAGCAACGCCACCCAACCAGUCGCCGGCGCCGCCGCCCUUCGCCGACAAGCGUUCGCCCAUACACUUUCGCGAGGGACGCCGCGCCAGCGACGGCCUGGUGGCCCAGGGUCUGCUCAGCUCCAGCUCGCUGCUGGGCACAAGUCGCGUCUAUGGCAGCUAUCGCUAUGAGCAGGCCAAGCGUCAUAACUGGCUUGAGCUGCAGCAGCUGCAGCAUCAUCAUCAUCAGCAGCAGCAGCAGGAGGCGGCGCACGCCCACGCCCACACCUAUGGUCAUGGUCAUCAUGGUCAUGCCCAUGCGCAUGCCCACGCCCAUCACCAUGCUCACUUUCCCCUGGAGGAGCUCAAUCUGGCCAAUUGUCAAUUUUCUCAUGGUCAAUUCUAUGCCAUGCCCGGCAAGCCUCAUCACACACUGCAUCAUCUACAUCAUCCGCUCCAGCAGCAGCAGCAUGCGUACGCUGCAGCGCCAGCUCCAGUCGCGCCACUGCUACUCGAUGCCACCAGCGAACUCUACGCUGGCCCUGGCCAUGCUCUGUAUGCAGCUCCGCCGCCGCCGCCGCCAGCCGCUGGCAUCUACUCGCACUCCAUGCCACAGCAUCAGCACUUGUCGCCGCUCCAGAAGCCGCCGCUGCAGCAGCAGCUGCUCCAACAUCGCCUGCUCCAGCAGAAGCGUCAGCUCUUCCAAAAACAAUAUGCGCUGGAGGCGCAGCUGGCGGGUCGCCAUCAUCACCAUCAUCAUCACAACCACGCGCACUUGCACUACAAUCAUGGACUGCUGCAUCCGCCCGCAGCCGCUCCAGAGCAACAUCUGGCCGACGAGCUCUAUGAGCUGGCCAUGCUGGAUCGUCCACGCAGCGGACCGCCGCGUCUGCAGCACUCGUUGACCAUGCCGGGCUCGCAUGCCUUUAGCCAAAUGAAUCUGAAGACCAGCUACAUCAAUCAGCCAGCCCCGCCGGAUGCAGCUGUGAGUCCCGCUCCAACUACUGCAUCCUCAUCAUCGGAAGCAGGAGCAGCAGCAGCUGCAGUGCCAGCGCCAGUGCCGUCCAGCACGCCACCAGCUACGCCACCGCAGGCUUUGCACCAUGGAGGCGGCGAUGGCGACUUCCAUGUGCGAGCGGCGGCAACUACGCCCGUGUUGAGUCUGUUCACGCCCGGGUGGCAGACGCUGGUGAAGCCGCUUAGCGAAAGUCCUAUACUGGAAAUGUCGGAGCAUCUGGAGUCGGUCUGAGCUGGGCAAAACUUUUAUUACGCUCGCAAUCGCAAUUAAAUUAAAAUUAACAUUAAACUUACAAAUUAC